UUCAAUUUCACUGCAACACUGCUACCUCUAGAUUUUAGGGUUUCUCUUUUCCCCUUUCUCCUCAAUUUUCUUGCUCCUCCCUCAACAUUCUUCACUGCCUCAUCUCCUCCGAACCCCACCGUUGCAACCACCACCAAUUCGCUACUCGGAGCCAAUGCAAAUUCUUUACUCCGAUGAAGCGCCCACCGCCGGAGGCGACUUUCCCGAAAAUCCCGAAGACAACAAGAAGAACUCGACCUCCGGCGAUUCUUCAGACUCCGGAAUCGAUGAACCCGUUUCCCUCGAUGUAUCAGGGAGGAGCUUGGAGUUUCCGGUGCCGGAGAAUGCCAAAGAAGACUCCGUCGAGAGCCUGUACAUGUACAGGAACGUUUACAGCUUGAUUCCCAAGUCCGUCGGCGCUCUUGUGCGUUUGAGAACGCUGAAAUUCUUCGGGAACGAGAUUAACUUGUUCGCGCCGGAGUUUGGGAACAUGACGGCGCUGGAGCGGUUGCAGAUGAAGAUUUCUUCACCUGGGAUUGGUGGGUUGCCCUUGCAUAAGCUCAAGGGUUUGAAGGAGCUUGAGCUUUCUAAAGGGCCUCCAAGACCUUCAGCUUUUCCUAUUUUGACUGAGAUUGCUGCUCUCAAAUGCUUGACCAAGCUUUCCAUUUGUCACUUCUCCAUAAGAUACCUUCCUCCGGAAAUUGGUUGCUUAAAGAGUCUGGAGUAUCUUGAUCUUUCAUUCAAUAAAAUCAAGACAUUGCCCACAGAGAUUACUUAUUUGAUUGGCUUAAUAUCCAUGAAAGUUGCAAACAAUAAGUUGGUGGAGCUACCAUCAGCUAUGACCUCUCUGUCAAGGUUGGAGUGUUUGGACCUGUCAAAUAAUAGAUUGACUUCACUAGGAUCCCUUGAACUCGCGUCAAUGCACAGGCUUCAGAACUUAAAUCUUCAGUACAACAAGCUGCCCAGCAUUUUUCACAUUCCUUCAUGGAUAUGCUGUAAUAUGGAAGGAAAUGACAGAGGUAGAUGCAAAGAUGAUUGUAGCAGUUGUUCUGUUGAAAUGGAUGUCUAUGAAAGCGAAGUACUGGAAAAUAAAGAAACCCUUUCUCAUGGUCCUCAUAACACCUCAUCAAGUAUAUUAACAAGCUCCUCAUCUAGCAGUAGAUGUUUUGCAACUCGUAAGUCAGGUAAACGGUGGAAGCGGCGACACUAUUUGCAGCAGAAAGCUCGUCUAGAACGCUUAAAUAGCAGCAGGAAGUGGAAAGGUGUAGAUCUUGACCGGUUGCCUAGCAAGAAGAUUCACAAAACUUCUGAACCAGAAAAUAUGAAUAGUCUUGCCUCUGAAAACUGCGCAGAAACUGUAUCAGACAAUGGGAGCUUGGAUGGCAGUAAUAGAAGAUCAUUCUCUGAAGAAGUGAAUGACAAUUUGAUUGAUAAUGUCAACACUGAUGAAGUAAUUAUUGAAAAGCAGUUUUCACAAGAUGAUUUCUGCACUUCUGAAAGCAGAGAUGAAAAAGAUGCAUCCAUAUGCUCCUUAGAGAAUGGGCAAAGUGAACAGAAUGAAGCAUGUUUAGAUUCUUUGAAGUGUAUUUCUAAAUCAAAGAGGCAUUCAGUUCAGGAUAUUGAUAAUCCUAAACCAUGCAAGUCUAGAAAACCAAUUGGCGAUAGCUCAUUAGUUUCUUGCAAGUACAGCAAGAUAUCAUUUUGUGGCAUUGAAGACCAUCUGUCAGAUGGCUUUUAUGAUGCAGGACGUGAUCGGCCAUUUAUGCCUCUUGAGAGUUAUGAGCAAAAUCCGUGCCUUGCAUCUCGUGAAGUCAUACUUUUAGACAGAAGAAGGGAUGAAGAGUUGGAUGCUGUUAUGCUCUCUGCUCGGACUUUGGUCUAUAAUUUGAAGCAGUUAAGUAGUAUAAACUUUCCUGGGAGCCUGGCUGUGGUUGAUAACUUGCAAACAGCGUCACUGCUUGCCCUAUUUGUAUCUGAUCACUUUGGUGGAAGUGAUAGACGUGCUAUUAUAGAAAGGAUGCGGAAAUCUGUAUCUGGUUCAAAUUAUAAUAAGCCUUUUGUCUGUACGUGCUCAACUGGAAGCAGCACCAGUAUAAGUGCUUCCCCUGGACCAGUUGUAAACACCAUGGAAGAUAUUGCUCUUUCCGAGAUCUCUGGAAAAUCUCUUGAUUAUAUAAAAAAAAGGCGAAAUUCAAUCAUAGUUCCUAUUGGCUGUGUGCAGUAUGGUGUAUGUAGACAUAGAGCUCUGCUUUUUAAGUAUUUAUGUGAUCACAUGGAGCCACCUGUACCUUGUGAGCUUGUCAGAGGUUACCUUGAUUUUUCACCACAUGCCUGGAAUAUCAUUCUGAUAAAGAGGGGUGCUACAUGGGUUCGAAUGCUUGUUGAUGCUUGCCGACCUCAUGAUAUAAGAGAAGAGAAAGAUCCUGAGUACUUUUGCAGGUAUAUACCUCUUAGUCGAAGCAAAGUCCCUCUUUCAUCUGGUGGUCCUGUUCCUGAUCAUUCCUUUCCAUCUCUCCCGACUUGUAAUGAACUUGAGAAUAAACAUUUGACUACUUUAGUUCGGUGCAAAUUUGGAUCAGUUGAGGCGGCAGCAAAGGUGCGUACUUUGGAAGUGCAGGAGAGUUCAGCAGAGAAGGUUAAAAAAUUUGAAUAUAAUUGUUUGGGAGAAAUUAGAAUUCUUGAUUCUUUAAAACACCCCUGCAUAGUGGAGAUGUAUGGACACCAAAUAACAUGCAAAUGGACUAUCCCAGCGGAUGGCAAUCCUGAACAUCGUGUAUUGAGAUCUGCAAUUUUUAUGGAGUAUGUGGAAGCAGGCUCCUUAAAAAACUAUCUGGAGAAGCUGGCAAAAGCUGGUGAAAAGCAUGUUCCCGUGGAGUUGGCUUUAUAUAUUGCCAAAGAUGUCUCAUGUGCUUUGUCGGAGCUGCACUCGAAGCACAUAAUUCAUCGCGACAUAAAAAGUGAAAACAUUCUGUUUGAUAUUGAUAGGAAGAGAGAUGAUGGAACUCCCACUGUGAAGCUUUGUGAUUUUGAUAGUGCAGUGCCACUAAGAUCACCUUUACAUGCAUGCUGUAUUGCUCAUGUGGGAACACCUCCUCCUUCAGUGUGUGUUGGAACACCUCGGUGGAUGGCUCCUGAGGUUGUGCGGACUAUGUAUAAGAAAAGCACUUAUGGAUUGAAAGUUGAUAUUUGGUCAUUUGGAUGUUUACUUCUGGAGAUGCUGACCCUGCAAAUUCCAUAUUAUGGAGUACAUGAUUCACUCAUGCAUGAUAGUUUGCAGAUGGGUAAGCGACCACAAUUAACUGAUGAGCUGGAGGCUUUGAGUUCAAUGAAUGAACCCACAAUGAUUCAAUCUGGUGAAGAGCUGGAAAAAUCAGAAGUUGAGAUUGACACGUUGAAGUUCCUUGUUGAUUUGUUUCAUAGUUGUAUGAAAGAAAACCCAAAUGAGCGACCUACAGCUGAAGAAAUCCAUGAAAUGCUGGUUGGACACACUAGCUGCCUUGGGAAGAUUUAGGCAGGAUAUGGAGGUGAUCCUCUCCUGGUAAAAUGUAUUUUCAAAAUAACUUAUAUUCAUUCUUUUUCUUAAAAAAACGCUGGACUUAUCCAAUAUUUUUUUUUACUAGGUUAGAUCCAUGCGGCUCUAAUAUAAUCUGUUUGAGAUAUUUAUUUAAUUAUUUAUACGUCUCUCUUUUAGGGUUGUAAACAUUUGAGGCGUUCAUGUAAUUCGAACUCUCUGUAAGCGGGACUGAUUAGUUUAUCGAUGCUUUGUGUUGUAUGUUGCAUAGAA